AUGGCUUCUAUGAAUAAUAAAGUUAAAUUGAUCAACUACUUGCUUUGUAAGAACAGUGUUGUCGUCGAUGCAAACGAGACGCCGAGAUCAAUUUCAAAUACGCAAAAUGCAAGAAAUGUUCAGAACAACACUAUCGCUCGAAUAAAACGUUACACGAUUCGACAGAAUAUGAAAUUUUGUUGGCGGGUAAUGUUGGGUUUCAUACACAAACCUGUCUUUGUAUUGCCUAUGAUUACAAGUAUAUUUACGAUCAUAGGUACACUGGUAGUUUAUUUUACCGCACCAAAAUCACCAGUUCCAAAAUGUGAACUUAAUUUUAAAGCAACGACCCGAAAUCCAAUUGAUUAUAAGUAUGAUCCACGAUCUGUCGCCAUGGGCGACUUUAACAACGACACUUGGCUAGAUAUUGUCGUUACUAAUUAUGCUGCUGACAAUAUAGCUAUAUAUUUCGGACAUGGCAAUGGCACUGUAGCAAGCCCAGUCCAAUAUUCCACCGGCUCUGGCUCUGCUCCGCGCAUGGUCGCUGUUGGUGAUUUUGACAAUGAUAGUCGACUUGAUGUUGUCAUCGCAAAUUUCGGUACAAACAGCGUUGGUGUACUUCUUAAAUUCCAAAAUGGGUCUUUUGCAAGUCAAACAAUGCUUUCAGUUGCAUCAUCUCGCCCCGUUUGGAUCCAUUGGCGAUUUCAACAACGACAAACAGAUGGAUCUUGCUAUCGCCAAUUAUGGCACCAGCAACGUCGGUAUAAUGUUUGGAACUGGUAA